AUGGUAACCAAUAUCAGCCAUGUGCUUAUGUUCCCAAUGGAUGUAGAACUGGGUUAUUACGGAAUAUAUACCACUGCAAUUCCAGCCAAGAACCCCUCUGAUAAUAGGACAGAGGGGAUCUUCUACGACAAUUUAGGAAGGAUUGUUUUUUCUGUCUUCAUCUUUUUAAUCUGCAUUUUUGGACUUCUGGGCAAUGGAACUGUCUUUUGGUUUCUUAGCUUCCGCAUUGCAAAGAAUCCUUUCAGCACCUACAUCCUGAACGUGGCUGCAGCUGACUUUGGGGUCCUGGUAUGCCUUAUCACAUUUCUUGCUGUAGGGUUUUUUAAUGAAGGCACCUUCAUUCUUUCAGUUAUUUUCCCAAUAGCUCUAGAGCUCUUCCUGUUGAUGUACAGUGUCAGUCAGCUUCUAAUGAUGGCCGUCAGCAUUGACGGGUGUGUGUCAGUCUAUUACCCAACUUGCCAUCAUUGUCACCGCCCUCUACAGUGGUCCACUGGUGUGUGUGGUGUAAUAUGGAUCUUCUCCUUCCUGAUUUGUGCAAUUGUCCUUACUCUCCAUACUGAAUUUUAUCCCCAAAUGUACUACCAGUUUAUUGUGAGUGUCUUGGUUUGCACCCCGGUUACGAUUAUCUCUGCUCUCAGCCUCUUCAACAAAGUCUACCUGAAAUCACAGCAGCAAGAGCCACGGAAACUUUUGACAGCCAUCUUAUUUAUCCUCCUUUUCUCUCUCUUCUUUGAUUUGCCACUGAAUGCCUUAUACAUCACGUAUUUCCCUGUUCCACAUGCCCAUCACAUGGAGUUGCGUUUAUUUUCUGCCUCCAUCUACAGCAGCGUUAAGCCACUGAUUUAUUUCCAGGUUGGGAAACAGAAGGUAGAUCUAUGUAGGGAGAGCAUAAAGGUCAUUCUCCAAAAUGUUUUUAAGGAAGAAGAGGUCUGUAGAGAGGAAUUGGAACUUUCAGUUCAAGAACAGUUGUGA